AUGGCGCCACCGCGCAAGAAGCGCCCCUCGGACGCAACGACUACGCCCAAUCGUCGACAAAAGGCAAGCGCCUCCGCCCAAAAGCCCGCGCAUGAAGUAAUCUGGUUCAAGGACCUGCUUCCACAAUUGAAAGUCAACCCACCGGUGGAUUAUGUUCUACCGGAAGAGUUCAAGAAAUUCAAACCCCACCCACCGAUGGAUUACAUUCUACCGGAAGAGUUCAAGAAACCUGGUCCGGUGCUUCUGGAGUUUACGCUGGGCCCAGCACCUUCCGCUGUUGCUGUGAAGAAAGGUGCUCGAUCUGGAAAGAGGGCUGCUGCCUCAACGGAAGCUGCCGAGCCCGUCUUCAAAACACCAAGACUGGGGACCAAGAAGAAGAAGAAACGCAUUCAAGAAUCACGUGAAAAAGCAUCCACGGAAGGACCGUCAAUUGGCCCCGGUCUACUGGAAGACGAGGAAAACGCGGAAGAUGCUUCAGGAAUGUCUGUAGGCGAGCUACUCAUAGGUUGUGUGCCGUCUUUGGAGAUUGUGCAAGUCGGCCAGCUGCCGCCCCCUGACGUGCUCGAAAUGCAUAAAGUGAAGCAAGAAGUUGAUAUGGAUGUUUACGACGUUCCCGAAAUGCUAGAAUUGAAACAAGAAGUUGAUAUGGAUGUUUGCGACAUGCCGGCAAUGAUAGAAGUGAAACAAGAAGUUGAUGUGGAUGUUUACGACGUGCCAGUCUGGUUUUCCGGGACGGUUUCGCAAGAAGUGGAAGUUGCGGAUGCGUCAGAAGAUAGCUAUGUGGAUUUUUACAAUCUCGCCCUUGACGUCCUAACCGAUCCGGCUUCUUCGCCUCAACCGAUCAACGCUGACAACAAUAAUACCGUGUUGCCUUGGGUUCUGCUCUGCUACCGGGCACUUCACAAGGCGGCAUACAACCAAAAGCUGAAAGCCUGGAUGAGCCGAUCGAUAAUAUCCGCUACUCGGGUCACCUUGUCCGGCUGCACUGGCGAUUUCAAAGUCGAAUCGGAUGAAACGGUUGCCGGUCGAAAACGUGCGAGCAAAGUAAGGCGCCAUAGCAUUUCGGAGGAGAGCACGAAGAUCGACCAGAAAGUGUCGCUGUCUAACUUGCGCGUGACCGAUCCGCACACUCGUAUGCGCAUGGAGCGUGAGAAAGCGGCACAGAAGCGGCAAAAACAAAUCAGGCGCCAUGUGGAUUUCGGUACGAAGAAGAACGCAAAGGCCUCAAAACACCCGGAUAGCAAGACCAGCGUCGAUAUCAAGCCGCACAUUCAUCAUCAUACCGAGACGCCCGAUCGCAAGCCGGUGGAUCAUAUCAUGGCAUUGGGCAAGACACCGUUGGAAAGCGCUUAUCGACGGACCCGCACUUAUAUGCACAACACCCCGGACCCGCUGCCGUUCGAAGAAAAACCACACAUUACGCACGACUCUGGAGAUACCCAGAAGGCAACGAAAGUGAUGAAGUCCACAAGUCACCACGGGUCCACACCGCUUGUCGACCGAAGCGUCGAUAGCCCAGAAAUCACCACCGAGCGUUCGACCUCGAAUGAAUCUUUCCAUCACUCGGAUCGUUCGGUCUUGUACUCGCCAAGCUGCCCGACUCCCCCCGACAAGUGCAGAAGCAGCACCUCUCUGCAAGAAGCGUGCUCCUCCGUUGCGACUACGCGGCCACGCGUUGCAAUAUCAGAACACCAACUCAAUGGCAUGGUGAAGAAGGCCAAAUCGAAACGCCCGGACCCAUCGGAAUCACCACUGGAGUACGCCAACUACCGGCUCAAGCGGAUGGGUGAAGCGGUGGUGGCCAUAGACGAAGUGAUCGAGCAGCUGCACGCCAUGGACGAGGCUGACUUC